CGGACCACGUGUGGAGCCGCGUCUACUAUGGCAACGCCGUCACCGAAGACUCGGGAAUCGCAGAGUCGGCAUAAGUUUUCAAGCUUGUUAUAAAGAUGUCUGCCCGGGCACGAUGUUUCUGGUGUUUUGGAAGACAUCACCACCAACAUUCGGUCUCUCUUCUCUCAUUCACUCACUUGCCUUUCCGGCACACCGACUUGAACCUCAAAUCCUCCUAAUAUGUCUAAGUACUCCAAGGCGGCUCUCCGCGCUUUGGCGGCCAGAGCCAGUACAUCUUCCCUAGCAGAUGUGUGCACCGUUGAGAACGUGCAGAACGCUCUGCCGGCCAACGGCACUCUUCUCGGCAUCGACUUGAUUCCCUCCACCAUCACUGCCAGCCCGGUUUACAAUGCCACUAGCGGCGGCGGUAUGGCUGGCGGUAGCACCACCUCCGUCACAUACUGCAACGUCACCGUAGCCUAUACCCAUACCGGCAAGGGCGAUACCGUCAACCUCAAGUACGCCUUCCCGGGCCCCGAAGUCUUCAAGAACCGCUUCUAUGUUGCCGGCGGCGGCGGCUUCUCUCUAUCCACCGACUCCACUGGCGGUAUCUCCUACGGCGCCGCCGGAGGUGCCACCGAUGCCGGCUACGACGCCUUCAACAACAGCUAUGACGAGGUCGUUCUCUACGGAAACGGCUCCAUCAACUGGGAUGCUACCCACAUGUUCGGAUACCAGGCUCUGGGCGAGAUGACCCAGGUCGGCAAGGCCAUCACCAAGGGAUUCUACAGCAUGGGCGCCGAUGACAAGGUCUACACCUACUACGAGGGCUGCUCUGACGGUGGCCGCGAAGGUAUGAGUCAGGUUCAGCGCUGGGGCGAGGAGUACGACGGUGUCAUUGCCGGUGCCCCGGCCUUCCGCUUCGCCCAGCAGCAAGUCCUCCACGUCUACUCGUCUGCCGUCGAGCACACCCAGAACUACUACCCGCCUCCCUGCGAGCUGGCCAAGAUUGUCAACGCCACCAUUGCCGCCUGCGACGGCCUCGACGGCCGUGUUGACGGCGUCAUCUCCCGCACUGACCUCUGCAAGCUCCAGUUCGACCUCAAGUCCACCAUUGGCGAGUCCUACCACUGUGCCGCCAAGACCAGCAGCUCGCUCGGCUUCGGUUUCAACAAGAGACAGGCUCAGGGCAGCACCACCAGCUACCAGCCUGAGCAGAACGGCACCGUUACCGAGGAGGCUGUUGCCGUCGCCCAGGCCAUCUACGACGGCGUUUUCAACUCUAAGAACGAGCGCGCCUACCUUUCUUGGCAAAUCGGCUCGGAGCUCGGCGACGCCGCCACGGUAUGGAACAACGAGACGGAGGCUUGGGAGCUCAGCAUUCCCUCCACCGGCGGCGAGUACGUCACCAAGUUCGUCCAGCUCCUCGACCUCGACAACCUCUCCGACAUGAACAAUAUCACCUACGACACCCUCGUCGAGUGGAUGAACACCGGCAUGAUCCGCUACCUCGACAGCCUCCAGACCACCCUCCCCGACCUGACUCCCUUCCAGUCCUCGGGCGGUAAACUCCUCCACUACCACGGCGAGUCCGACUCUAGCAUUCCCGCCGCCUCCUCCAUUCACUACUGGCAGUCCGUCCGCUCCAUCAUGUACCCCGAUGCCAAGGACGAGGAGGCCAUCAAGUCCCUCGAGGACUGGUACCAAUUCUACCUGGUCCCCGGCGCCGGCCACUGCGGCACCAAUAGCCUUCAGCCCGGACCCUACCCCCAGAACAACAUGAACAUCAUGAUUGAUUGGGUUGAGAACGGCAACAAGCCCAGCCGCCUCAACGCUACCGUCUCUUCGUCCACCAAUGUCAACUCUGGUGAGACUCAGAUGCUUUGCCAGUGGCCUACCCGUCCCGUCUGGCGCGGCAACAGCUCCGACUUUGACUGCGUCAACGACGCCAAGUCGAUUGACAGCUGGACUUACACCUUCCCCGCUUUCAAGCUUCCUGUAUACUAAGUGCUCAUGGAGGCUAUUUCACAGUCGGGCUGUUGUUUCAUCAUGGAUGGAGUGUAUAGAGAAUGUUGGAAAAACGCAGGAUUGAAGUCUGUUUCAUUAUAUCUCGCUUUGGGCCAUGCCCCGUUGAAGCCCAAGAAGAGACUGUACAUAGCUUAGCUUUUAUUUCAGUACAUAGACCUUUCAAAAGAACUUUAGCACUUAGGAUCAAGUCCGUUCAUGGUUAGCCCCCAAAUGAGACGGGGAAACCAUCAAAUCGCUGUGAUCUUGUCGUCGCCUGUCUCCCUCUCGAGUUUUUGAGCAGCCGAGUCGUUUUCCUUGGCAUCCAAGUUGC